UUUUAAUUCAUAUCUGAGUGGGCGGUGGCGAUUCGUCUUGGCGGUCUGGCUCCGCUGGGCAGGGGGUAACUUUACUGGUUUGGGUGGUUUUUAGUUUAAUUUUUCUUUUCUAGCUUCGCAUCGCGGGCCAGUUCUCCCUUUCUUAUCAGCUGAGGCCAUGUCAGGAGACGGCGCCCCGGAGCAGGCAGCUGAGUAUGUCCCAGAGAAGGUGAAGAAAGCCGAAAAGAAAUUAGAAGAGAAUCCAUAUGACCUUGACGCUUGGAGCAUUCUCAUUCGAGAGGCACAGAAUCAACCUAUAGACAAAGCACGGAAGACUUAUGAACGCCUUGUUGCCCAGUUCCCCAGUUCUGGCAGAUUCUGGAAACUAUACAUUGAAGCAGAGAUAAAAGCUAAAAAUUAUGACAAGGUUGAAAAGCUAUUUCAGAGAUGCCUUAUGAAGGUUUUGCACAUUGAUUUAUGGAAGUGUUAUCUUUCAUAUGUUCGAGAAACCAAGGGUAAACUGCCAAGUUACAAAGAAAAAAUGGCUCAAGCAUAUGACUUUGCACUAGAUAAAAUUGGAAUGGAAAUUAUGUCUUAUCAGAUUUGGGUGGAUUACAUCAAUUUCUUAAAAGGCGUGGAAGCUGUUGGAUCUUACGCAGAAAAUCAGAGAAUAACAGCUGUCCGAAGAGUUUAUCAACGAGGUUGUGUUAAUCCAAUGAUCAACAUUGAACAACUCUGGAGAGACUAUAACAAGUAUGAAGAGGGUAUCAAUAUUCAUUUAGCUAAAAAAAUGAUUGAAGAUCGGAGUCGAGAUUACAUGAAUGCUAGGCGUGUAGCAAAGGAAUAUGAGACAGUAAUGAAAGGUUUGGACCGCAAUGCUCCCUCAGUGCCUCCUCAGAAUACUCCCCAGGAAGCCCAGCAGGUGGAUAUGUGGAAGAAAUACAUACAGUGGGAAAAGAGCAACCCUCUUCGUACAGAAGAUCAGACGCUUAUCACAAAAAGAGUUAUGUUUGCUUAUGAACAGUGCCUGCUUGUACUGGGCCAUCACCCUGAUAUUUGGUAUGAAGCUGCCCAGUAUCUUGAACAGUCAAGUAAACUGCUUGCGGAAAAGGGGGAUAUGAAUAAUGCCAAAUUAUUUAGUGAUGAAGCUGCUAAUAUAUAUGAAAGAGCCAUAAGCACUUUAUUAAAGAAGAAUAUGCUUCUUUAUUUUGCAUAUGCAGAUUAUGAAGAGAGUCGCAUGAAAUAUGAGAAAGUUCACAGUAUAUAUAACAGACUUCUGGCAAUUGAGGAUAUUGACCCCACCUUGGUAUAUAUCCAAUAUAUGAAAUUUGCAAGAAGAGCAGAAGGUAUCAAAUCUGGAAGAAUGAUAUUUAAAAAAGCAAGAGAAGAUACCAGAACCCGCCACCAUGUCUAUGUUACUGCAGCACUCAUGGAGUAUUACUGUAGUAAGGACAAAUCUGUUGCCUUUAAGAUUUUUGAGCUGGGUCUAAAGAAAUAUGGAGACAUUCCAGAAUAUGUCUUAGCCUAUAUUGACUAUCUUUCUCACCUCAAUGAGGACAAUAAUACCCGAGUUUUGUUUGAACGAGUCUUAACCUCUGGAAGCCUUCCUCCUGAGAAGUCUGGAGAAAUCUGGGCCCGAUUUCUAGCUUUCGAAAGUAACAUUGGUGAUCUAGCUAGCAUACUCAAAGUGGAGAAAAGACGGUUUACAGCAUUCAAAGAAGAGUAUGAAGGCAAAGAAACAGCUUUACUGGUGGACAGAUAUAAGUUCAUGGACUUAUAUCCUUGCUCGGCAAGUGAACUAAAAGCGCUUGGUUAUAAGGAUGUCUCCCGUGCUAAGCUAGCAGCUAUAAUUCCAGACCCAGUUGUAGCUCCUUCCAUAGUGCCUGUUCUGAAAGAUGAAGUGGAUAGAAAACCAGAGUACCCCAAACCAGACACUCAGCAGAUGAUUCCAUUUCAGCCACGACAUUUAGCACCGCCCGGCUUACACCCUGUUCCCGGGGGUGUGUUCCCAGUGCCGCCUGCAGCCGUCGUUCUAAUGAAACUUCUCCCUCCUCCCAUCUGCUUCCAGGGUCCUUUUGUACAAGUGGAUGAACUGAUGGAAAUUUUCCGAAGAUGCAAGAUACCAAAUACUGUUGAGGAAGCUGUUCGGAUCAUCACGGGCGGCGCCCCGGAGCUGGCCGUCGAGGGGAACGGCCCGGUGGAGAGCAACGCCGUACUCACCAAGGCGGUCAAGAGGCCCAACGAGGAUUCCGAUGACGAUGAAGAAAAGGGAGCUGUCGUCCCCCCUGUUCAUGACAUCUACAGAGCGCGGCAGCAGAAGCGAAUUCGGUGAAGCGGGCCCCAGCCGGGCUCUGGAAGAAAACUCCAGGAUUCCGUUCUUGCCUCUUAAGUCGUAUGUUUAAAAGAGACAAUGCUUUGUUACAAGGUUCUUGGAAACAAAGUCGUAUGUCAUUGGUGCCUCUAUCAUAUGGUUCUUGGGAAGAAAAACCACCAACCAACCUGUGUGAAUUUUAGAACAUGGAACAGACCUGUGCUCUAAGCAAAACUAGGUUUUCAAAAAUGUGAGAACAGCACAAAAUGGCAGAACCACAUUUUGUUCCCUCUUCAAGGGGGUCUUGUAUGUGCCGCUUGAAGAUUUGUGAGUUUUCAACAGUUUUAUUUUAAAAACUGGAUGGCUUAUGAUUGUAAAGCAUUUUACCACAUUUUCUGAAAACAGUUCUCAGUUUGCUUAUGUAGAGUCUGCCUUAUUGUUUGUUUUUAUUUAUGGCAGAAUGUAUGGGAUCAGUUUUGUAGUUUAAAAUUUUAAAACAAUCCUUUAAAAAAAAUAAAAGGAUCU